UAGUAGUCAUGAAAUCCGUGUAGUAUAGUCCUCGUCGUGGAUUUAGAGAGAGAAAGAGCAAACCCCAAUUUCUAGUGAGAGAAACUGUGUUUUCUUCUUCUUGUUCCUUUUCUCUGUUGUUCUAGAGAGAGAAACCUCGAAUCUUAGAGAGAGAGAGAGAGAGAGACCGAGAUUACCGCCUGCUCCUUCGGCAUUUCCGCCAUACAAAGCUUCCAUUUCCAUCUCUAUUUAUCAACUGGUUCAUUCCUGUUUUCACCAUUUCUUGAUGAGAAUUGAUAACACUCUUCCCAAGUUGCAGGUAGCUGGAAGUUGAUUGGUUUUGAUUCAUUUGGUUGAAGAAGUUGAAGCAGAAUGGGUGGUGAUAGUGAAGAUGCGAACCAUAGUGAAAUGAUGCAGAGGCUUCACUCUUGUUCUUCUUCGUUUCUGAAACAAGGUGGUAAUAGGAGCAUGGAGCAGUUGAAUAUACCUCAGUUUAAUGCCUCGCAAAUGCGAGGGAGGCACCAUUUUCAUAAUCAGGGUUUGGGUGGUGGUGGAGAAGGUAACAACAACAACAACAACAAUAGCAAGCGAGCUGGGAUGCCACCUUCUCAUCCUAACCAGAUCCUUCCCAUUUCACCGUAUUCUCAGAUCCCUGUUUCAAGGUCUCAAAUGGGUGGUUCUUCUUCUUCUUCACCUGCACCUACGCAUUCGCGAUCACUCUCGCAACCUUCUUCGUUUUUCAACCUUGAUUCUCUUCCCCCUCUUAGUCCUUCUCCGUUUCGUGAUUCGUCUUCGACCUCUAUGUCUGACCCUGCUUCUGGUGAUGUGUCAAUGGAGGAUCGCUGCGAUGUGAGCUCGCACUCUCUGCUUCCUCCGACAUCGCCUUUCGCGAGAGGGGUUGCGGUUAACAAUCACAGCAACCACCGUGUUGGGGAGAGUUUGCCGCCGAGGAAAGCGCACAGGCGUUCUAACAGUGAUAUCCCUUUUGGGUUUUCCACUGUUCUGCAGUCUUCGCCGCCGCUGAUUCCUCUCAGGGGUUCGGUUUUGAACCGAGAGCCUGCACUUUUGGUGAAGAAGGAGAGUGCUUGGGAGAGGGGUGGUGUUGACCACAAUGUGGAGGGUUCUGGGGAGAAGAAGUCCCCGGAAGGGGAGGUUGUGGAUGAUCUUUUCUCUGCUUACAUGAACUUGGAUAACAUUGAUGUUCUUAAUAAUAACAUGGAUGAGAAAAACUGCGCUGAAAAUCGCGAUGAUUUGGAUAGUAGUAGAGCGAGUGGAAACAAGACUGGGGGUGAGAGUAGUGAUAAUGAGGCAGAAAGCAGUGUUAAUGAAAGUGGGGAUAGUAUGCAAAGGCAGAGGGAAGGGGUUAAGAGAAGUGCUGGUGGUGAUGUUGCACCAACUAGCAGGCACUACAGGAGUGUCUCCAUGGAUAGUUUCAUUGGGAAGUUGAACUUCAAUGAUGAUGCCUCUAAGCUUCCACAUUCAUCUGGAUUGAUUUCACCUGGGAGUGGAGUUGAUGGGAAUUCCGCGGCUUUCAGCUUGGAGUUUGGAAAUGGGGAAUUCAGUGGGCCUGAAUUGAAGAAAAUUAUGGCCAAUGAAAAACUUGCUGAGAUAGCCAUGGCAGAUCCAAAGCGUGCAAAGAGGAUUUUGGCGAAUCGGCAAUCAGCUGCACGUUCCAAAGAGCGGAAGAUGCGUUACAUUUCAGAACUAGAACACAAGGUCCAGACUCUUCAGACAGAAGCCACUACACUAUCUGCACAGCUUACUUUGUUGCAGAGAGAUUCUGUUGGACUCACUAACCAGAAUAGUGAGUUGAAGUUUCGCCUUCAAUCCAUGGAACAACAGGCCAAACUCCGAGAUGCACUAAACGAGGCGCUUACUGCUGAGGUUCAAAGACUGAAGCUUGCUACAGCUGAGCUGAAUGGGGAGUCACACCCUUCUAGCUGCUUGAUUCCUCAACAUUCUGUCAACCCUCUCAUGUUCCAGCAGCAACAACAGCAGCAGCAACAAAACAUUCAUCUUCAGCAACAGCAGCAGCAGAAUGGUAAUGCCAUCUCAAAGACCGACUUAAAACAAUAAGCUGGGAUGGAAUGGUUCUUUAUAUAUUCGCAGCUGUGUCAUUUCACUCAGUUUCGCGUAUUUGCAAUAGUUAUCUUUAUAAAAUAUUUGGUUCUGCGGUUGAGGGCCUCAUCAGGGGAGAAGCUACAAAGUAUAGCUUCUUGAGGUUAAUUUGCUUGGAUUGUGUGUCCACCAUCAAUCCAAACGCGCUAUUAGUUGUUUUGGUCGUAAGUUUGAUUCACAUUGCCUGUCCAGCUCGGACAGAAAGUCCAUAUACAAGUUGUUAUUCCUGUCCUAUAUUUAAGUUAUAGCCCAUAUUUAAUUUCAGUAAAUAUCUUAAACUGUAAGAAUUAUUUGGACAUGAUUUAUUUUAUGAUUACAUUCAGAAAAACUGUUCAAGCUUC